CAAAAAUCUCGCAAUCAUAAUAAACAAACAGGCGAGUAAACAAGCACUUUUUUUCAACAUUCAGGCUCCUCAUUCAGAGUUGUACAGAGAAGUUGAGACUGUCUCUUUAAAGCGCUAGGGACGGUCGUGAGUGUGAAGGAGGGGCGUUGGCGCCUGAAUCUGGGAACUAGUUAUUUUACAUCGUCUGUUUCCAGGCUGGUACUGAACAACUCGGAUUAAGAGUUUCAGAGAAUUCAGUAUUAUUCUUGGACUCCAUUUGAAGACCGCUCCUUGAAUCCAUCAUGUUGCUGUUGCUAACCUCAAUCUUCCUCCUGCAUCUGACUGCCAUUAUCCUCCUCAUCAUUUCCACAGCCCACAAUGUUUGGUGGAGCAGUAAGGAUUAUUGCAUGGACAUCUGGAAGCAGUGUUUCUACACAAACAACAGCUGUAUAGAUGUCAGCUAUCAAGGCAAGGAAGAAUAUUUACAGACUGUCCAGGCUGGCAUGGUACUGGCUGUGAUCUUCGCCUGCUGUGGGCUGUUCGUCUUCAUCUGCCAGCUCUUCACGCUGAAGAAGGGAAAUCGAUUUAUCUUCACAGGUCUCUUUCAGCUGCUCUCCUGUCUCUGCGUGAUCACUGCAGCUAGUGUCUACACCGUUCACUUCCACUCUGCCGACAAGAAUGGAACGUAUGGCUCUUCGUACAUCUUGGCUUGGAUCUGCUUCCCCUUGACACUUCUCAGCAGCAUAAUAUACGUCAUCCUCCGCAAACGGGAGUAGAGGCCGGUGGCAAAUGCACUAGAGGCUGCUGGGAUUGCUCUUGGGAGCCCGAGCAUGUGCUAGUUACUGGAGCAAUGUUCGACUGUAAUUCCAUUUUGAAAAAGGGAAAGUUAUUUUUGUAAAUUCUUUUCUCAAAUCUGCUCCUUUCGCUCACGUUCUCUUCUCCAAUCCUUGACUCUUUCAUUUCAGUGUAAAAACACCUUCCCUAAAACCAGGCUUUAUUUCAGUUAGAGGAGUGAGGUGCUUACAGAAGCGCAAAGUCUGACCUGUUCCUUUUUGCUGAGUUUGUGCGGAGUAGGGGUAGACAGAGGGCAGGGGAUGUGGAUAGGAGUUGUUGGUGUAAUCCCUAGGCCUUUAAUAAUCCUGUGUCCUAUCCCCUCAGGCAAAACAAGGCAAUUUCAAACUUUUUGUUUUGAACAGUUACUUCUAACCAAAGUGAGCCAGGAAACAUGAAACCUUUAAAUGAAAGAGUUUGCUUUGAAUCACCUUUGUAAGAUUUGGAUCUGGUGUCUUGUCUCUGGGAUCAUGGGCAGAUCAAUGCGUAGCACCUCAUGCUGCUGAGAAACUGAUACUACACUGGAGUGACAUCCCAUCGUGUGUUCCUGGCCAGAGGAAUGUGUCUGAUUGGAAGGUUGGCGAGGAGGAAACUAUCUCCGAUCCAACAGCUGAGUACAGUCUUCACCUAUGGAGAUGCAGUUAAAUUCUAGGACGUAUCUUUGUUUGCAUUGCUGGCUAGCUCCAUGCCUGCACUAGAUGGGACCUGGGCUCCUUUCUUAACAUCAUCUUACUUUUUUGCCCCCCCCCUUUGGAAGACCUACCCUUAAUGAGGGGGCCUGCUGGAAGCUGCUCCUUGGCAGAGCGUGGGGAUUGUGGAUGCGAAUAACUACUAACCCCUGCAAUGCCACAGAGGGUUUUAACUCCUUGAGAACCUGACUUAUGGCUCUCUACCCCUGUCAUCUCAAUAACCGGCUGAGGGAGCCGCUGAUGGGGAGAACGGUCAGAUAUAACCAGAAGCAAAACAUCUUUCUCUGAGAAGUCCCAAAACCUUUCCCUGAUCCAUCUGACAGUAUUUUUUUUUAAACUUUAGAAUUUUUUUUAAGAAAAGAAUAUUUCCAGGGCCAUUUAUUUCAAAAUGCUUGCAAGCCAUUUUCUAACCUUUUUUUAGUUUUGAUGAUGUAGUCUUCAAAUGAUGCUCCUGCAACAAACAGUGACAUUUGUACAAACUAGGGAGGCUGUUUUCCUUCUCACUUCCACUCAACUUUGUCAAACGAGUCUCCUAGUCACUGGGCAUUCCUUGGUUCAAAAAGAAAUUGCUAGGCUUAGAUAAAUCUUUCUCCUCCAAACCCUUACACCACCCCCCCUCCCCACUAUCGUUGCCAAACUACUUCCAGUUAGUCUUCUGUAAAGACAAUGGAAAGUGCAUUGUGCUGAGAGAGGAGGGAUUGUUUUGUCUUGUUUUUUUUUGUAAGACUGCCGCUACAUAAACAUUUUUUUUUAGAAAUAAAUAAGCAGAAAUAUGCCAACUAGUAAUAAAUGAAUAUUAUAUUGUUA